CUCUACCAACUGCCCAUAUUCGUCGUCGCCCAGUAGUGGGAAACUUUUGCCACUCUCAACCAACUGCCCAUAUUCCUACCUACUCUACGUUCUUGGUCUGCAACUGCAAAUAGCCAAGCACAGGGGGAGAAGAGAGAUGAAGCAGUCCGUAUUGUUGCUGUAUUUGUAUUGUAUCACUAGGUCGUUAGCAUCCGCCGCCGUGGUUUUGAAGCCCUUCUCUUUAGCCUUCCCAGACCUUCCCGCCAAAUUUGGUCGUAGGAUCGAUGAUUCUGGUGUAUGUGGGAGUCUGCACUUGGCGGAUCCUCUGGACGCGUGUUCUUCACUUCGAUGGGGAGUUCAAUCCAACGCGACCGAUCAAAUCAGGUUCGCUUUGAUUGUGAGGGGUGGUUGUGCUUUUCAGGAAAAGCUUCGAAACGCUCAGGAUGCUGGUUUUCACGCAGCAAUCGUUUACGACGAUAGAGAGAAGGCGAAUCUGGUUUACAUGAUGUUGAAUCAUGAGAUCACCAAGAUUUAUGCAGUGUUUGUUUCAAAGGCUUCUGGUGAAGCUUUAAAGAACCACGCUAGAGGGGUAGAGGGUGAAUGCUGCAUCUACCCAUCACACAGUGAAGCUGCGUGGACUGUGCUGGCAAUAUCGUUUCUAUCUGUUAUUGUCAUAUUUGCUUUACUGGUGGUAGUCUUUAUGGCCCCUAGACACUGGCUAUAUGGGCAACACACAAAUUGUCAGUUCAAAUGCAUAGAUACGAAACUAGUGGAGGCCUUUCCAUGUAGAACAUUCAACUCUGAUCAUCUGAGUAACUACCAUGGUGGAGAAACCUGUCCCAUUUGCCUCGAGGAUUAUAAAGAUGGGGAAAUUCUUAAAGUUCUCCCCUGUCAACACGAAUUUCAUUCAAGUUGUGUGGACUCAUGGCUGACUAAGUGGGGGACAUUCUGCCCAGUUUGCAAGCUUGAUGUCAGGACCAAAACUGCAUAUUCGGAGGUUAAAAGGGGAAUCUGGGCAUAGAAUUGGUGGAGUUGAAUAAUGAGUUUUCUGACUUUGAAAUGAGGGGACCAUUCUUUAGCAGGGACAGCCAGUUGCGACUCUACUGAAGUACUUAAACCCAUCAACAUGUUGUGGGAAGUCUUUAAAGAGUGAUCAAGGGGGAUGACAUAUAGUCUCUUCGAGCAGAAGGUCCGGAACGAUUGUUCUUCGUCUUUGACUCCAUUGGAAUGCGACAGAACAAUGUCUAACCUCCCAACCUAGCUUCUUGUCCUCGACUUGAUCCAGAACUUGAAAUUAUGGAUUGCCUGCAGCAAAUGCGGCAUCAGAAUAAUACUAUUAGGCACUCCAAUGGCAAUGGUUUAUAGAUAAUGUAAAAAAAAUAGAACUGUUGUAUAUGUAUGUCAAAUUUCAAUGAUGGGGAGUUGGCCCUGUUACUAUCAAUUUGGCCGUGUUAGCUGUGCAUAUUUGGUUUCAUAGGGUUGUACAAAGGCUGCCCCUUGUCUCUUUUUUUUCCAUACUUUUUUGAUGCACGAUCUUCUGGUUCA